CUUUGUGUCACCAACCAAUCACCGAUCCGAGCGGUCAGUGGGUUCCGAGGGGGCGGCCGUGACCAGCCUAUCAGUUAUUGGCUGGUAGCGGCCGCCCUGUACGCUCGGAGCGUUGGAUGCAGAAGCGUCCUUAUAAAGACCCUGCGUUCCGCCUCGACCGACGCAGACUUUUUUUUAAAGCUCCCGUCCUCUCUUGUCCGUGGACCAACAAAACAUCGUCUCCCAAAGCAGUAAUACCUCCUAGGUUAACUGAAUAGGUGGUUUUAAUUUACGGAUGGUGCACUUUUCCGUGGAGCUUCUAUUAAAUAGUCACUGUUUUGGUUUUCUACAAGGUCACCAAGUUUCAUUUUUCGACUAUAUCAUGCUGAACACAGAGGAGAGUUCGUCGCUGACAUGCCCCAGGCUGUCGGGCUCCAGUACCCAGGGUCCGGGGCCUCUGUGGUGCUCCGAUGCCCCUCACCCACAGCUAAAGAUCCCGGGUGGGCGAGGGACUGUCAGGGAUCACUCUCUGGGCGUGCUACUCCAUAAGGACACACGAUUGACCGUGACCCAGGCCGGUGGCCCGGCCAGCGGCGGCCCGGCGGUUUUCCACUUCCACUACCAGCUGAGCGAGCAGCACGCAUCCUGCUGGGACACCAUCCUUCGUGGGGAGCGCCUCUUCAUCCAGAUCCCCCCGGGGCAGCCGGCCGAGGGCAGCAAGGAAGGGCUCACCGCUCUGCUAGAGUUCACAGAAGAGAAGCUCAAAGUCGGCUGUGUGUUCCUCUGGUUCCAUAAAAGCAGAGCUGACCGACUGGCCAUCAUCAGGACGUUCCACUACAUGGGCUUUGAGAUGGUGAAGCCGGGAGACCCCGUGGUACCGGCCCGUCCUGACCUUGUCUUCAUGGCCUACCCUCUGGAGGCCAGCAGCUCCGAUGAGGAGUGACCCCCCUGGACGUCCCUGCAACCCCCCCCCCCCUCCCCCCUCAUCUUCAUGGCCUACCCACUGGAAUCCCCUGCCACCCCAUCUGUCGUCCCUCACCUCAUCCUCUGCCGAUGUUGCACUGCAACACUCCCCCCCUGGAUCCCUCCCUCUGGAUCCCUCUCUCCCUCUCGCCCAAACUAACCCAACAACAGGAACGGAAACGAACAGCAGAGUUCGAACACAUUCAGCUUCUUCUGCUGACUGUUUGAUGUUUCCCUCUGGUUGGCAGAAGGAACAGAUGUUAACAAGGGCCAACAGCCAUGGUAACAUCUGUCGGACAAUUUGGGUGAAGGUGGGAGAGAAACCACUGCAUAUCUCUCCUCUUUCAGGUCUUCCGAGGCUUUGGGUGGUCACCUUGUAGUCUCCACAUGGGCAUGCUAGAAAGACAGCAUGACGGGAGAUUUUAGUAGCACACAUUUAGCCGACAUUGUGUUUAAAAAGUAGUUUUGCAUUAAAACUAUACAAGUGUGAGUUUGAUGUGUCGAGUUUUCAUGUGAAUGUAAUCAAAUCGAUAUAUAUAUAUUUAAAUUAAUUGGUGAUCAUCUGGCCAUCAUUCCAGCUAGCAUCGCUCACUUGCGGUUUAAAAAAAUCUGUAUUUUUACGAUCUUUUUGGUUAGUACCGAAGACUAUGUUCCUGGCACAUCACGCAUACAUCGUAGACACCACAUAGGUGUUACGGCAACGAGAAAACUUUUAACCCAAGAUGGGUUAGGCAUUUACAGGCUUCCACUGUCAGAGGAGCUGACACUGUCUAUUCCAACCAGUUUGUCUAUCCCCUAGUUCAUACCUUUUAGUGAACUGUGCUGUAGGUGACCCUGCUGGAGGCGAAGGCCUGGUUGGAGGAGGGGGAGAGCGAGGGCUCUUUGUGCCUAAAGAGAGGAGUGCUAUAUGCUUUUAUACUUUUGAGUCUUAUUACUGUAGAUACUGUAGAUUACUGUUGAUUUUCCUGUGCACACCCAGCACCGUGGUAUAGAAAUCACCCUCGGCACCUUUUAUCGUUUACACAAAGCUGUUCUUUUGUUUUCGUUUUCUCGAACAAAAAUAAAGCCAAAGACUUCAUUCUGUGUCUGCAAACACGGUCAAGUUUAUUUUGAACAUGGAUCUUUUAAAAAACCAAAAUAAGCAAUGUGGGGACAAAAAGCAAUAUUGAUAGAUCAUACCGUCUCUGUAUGUCAACUUAUAAAAGGGCAGAUAACCUACUUUGAGAAUCCUCCCUUUUCCUUCGUGUUGGGGUGUUUGGAUUUUGACCUAGUUUGCAUGUGCAUAGACCAGACGCCUCUAUACUGCUGAGUGGCCUGUGACUCAAAAGCUGUUAAACCAAUGUCAAUAUCUGAAUCUUUUCCAAACUGUAUUUUAAUGUAAAUUUCUGUGUUUUUUGGGAGGGGUGGGGUCAGGCUGUCGUGGUUUACGGUUAAGAGUUAACCAUUUUAUGACACACUUGAAUAAUAUAGAUAGGCCUUCAUUUCUUCGUGUGGGAGAUAAAUAAAAUGCAUAUCUGAA